AUGGGUAUGCAAGAUUCGGCAUCACAAUUUUCCAAAGUUAACACCGAUGGUGAAAUUUGGCAAACUUUAACUGGCAAAGAUCGGCUUUGCUCUGCUCCGUUUAACUUCUACUCUUCACUUGCAUUUUCAAAGCUUUUAGAUUCCCUUAAUCUCCCCAAUAUCUCUAACUCUUCUGUUGACAUUAAUGAUGAAGAUAUUGAAUUUUGUGAGCUUGACGAAGAGUUAAUUCACGCACUCGAUCAUCAUUCCCUCAUUACUUCUCAACUUCCUGAUGUCGCGGAGGAUCAUCUUCAAACUGCCGAUGAAAUUAUUGAAGAAAUCGAUCGAAUUAUGGUUGGCGAAGAAGCUCCCAUUUCAGGAAACGAAGAAUUAGAUUUAGUCCUUUGCGAUCCACAGGCUGCUGCAGAGGUACGGACUCUUUAUGCUUCGAAAUCUCUAGCAGGAAUGACGAUUGUUGAACUGAACGCCCUGGUCGAUGAACUUGAUUUAUGUAUUCGUCACUACUCCUCCUGUCUUGUACGAGAGCUCGCAAUUCGGGACGAGCUAGAAUAUGAACAGGACAUCAAAGAUCUUUUUUUCACUCGUCUUCACGAGGUCCAAACUCGAAUGGAUGAAUGGACGGCUCGUUACGCUGACCAAGACUUCGAAGUCAAGGGGAAAAUCAACGAAAUCGAAGAGGUUAACGAUCAGGAAAAGAGCUGGGGGAUAUUUAGUGGGGCUGCAUCUGCAGCGGCAGCGAAAGAGUUGCUGGCCAAUGCGGCUCUGGCUGUUCGUAGACGUUGGCAACGCAUGGGCCAGAGUUUAGAGAAGGCGCGUUCAUCUUGGCAUCAUCACACUCGAUCUCGACGUCUCAAUAACAGGCGUAUGACAGCUGAUGUUGAAAGUUUGAUGGUUGAGAGGGAGGACAGUUUUUGUCAUCAUAGACACACUCAGCCCAUAAGGGUGUCGGAAAAGAUGUGUGUUUCGAACUCAAACGUGGAAUUUGUCUCUAACUCUGAUGGAGAAGCGGAAUGUGGCUCGAUGAGAACGGAAGAUGAAGAUGAAUGGUCAGUAAAGAGUGAUACCAACUCGGUUUCGACACCGCAGACUAAUGCAACUGCUGGUGGGGUUCCCUUAUCCAAUGUUACAACAGCGGGCAUUUAUCAUUCCCCUCGACGUCAUCAAAUUUGGUUCACCUCAACAACUGCUGGAGCUGGAAAAGGCAAGAGAAAUCCGCAGGAAGAUUUAAGGUUCCUUAGAACGAAGAUUCCCUACCAUCGUUCAUCUCCCCCAUUCUACGGACCUACCGUCGGGCAUUUAGAGCUUUUUAAUGAGUUCCUUCUGUGCAUGCUCACAAAUAAUCCCAACCUCACUCCUCUCCUCACUGAUUACAUUCUCAAUGCCCAAAUUGAUGUAACAGUUUAG